AUGUUUCUCGCGGAUGUGUUGCUCGUCUUGGGACUGUUAACAACUCAACGGUGGUUCUUUAUUAGAAGUGAAAGUAAACUGCCAUGUGAUUUCUUGGACUCGGUGGACAUCACAGAUGGUGUGAAGACUAGCGACGGAAAGAAAGAACAUGAGGGUAUUAUUUAUGAACCGCAAAACUACGGAACGUUAGAAUACGUUUAUGACAGUAGUGGGCAGAAAGUUCAAGCAUCAAACCACGUUCGCGGGUGUGUUUGUCGUGUAAAAUCUUGCUUCUAUAUGUGCUGUUCAGAAAAAAACAUUUUGUACAAUUCCUCGUAUCCAUCGUGUCGAAAUGAGCCUUUGGAAGUGCGCGUCAACGUUUCAGGUGAACUUGUCGAUCUAGCAACUGACCCAAAUUUGUUCAAGGCGCUGCGUGUUCCCGAUUGUGUCGCAACGUACGCGGACUUAAGUGAAUGGAAAAUGAACCGGACCGGUUUUGUACAUUCGUUUGGAGCGGUGGAAAUUAAGCAGAAAGAGUAUUGCUUGCAUGUCCACAAUGAAGAAGAGGCAGCGGAUUUGUUUUUUUGUCCAGAGGAUAGCAUUGGGAUAGCUAAAAUUAGCGGAAUAGCAUUGUCCAUCCCCUUCCUAGUGGCUACCCUGCUGAUCUACGUGUGUAUACCCGAACUGCGGAAUAUUCACGGAAAAUCACUAAUAUGCUACAUUUUAGCAUUAACUGUGACCUACAUUGUGCUGCUAUUCAUCAAUUUUCACAGCACCAUGAUUCCUUGUAGUGUACUCGGUUACAUGCUGUAUUUUUCCGUUCUGGAGAGCUUCUUCUGGUUGAACGUUAUGUGUUUCGACAUAUUUUGGACCAUCUGCAGUGGUGUGAUGAUAAGAAAUGAAUGCAAGUGUUUUCUGUAUUAUAUGCUAUACGCCUUUGGCAGCCCGAUUGUGAUUCUGGCACUGGCGUUGAUCUUUGACUUCACUGAGCUGGUUCCCGAAGACUAUAGACCACGUUUUGGAGAGACGAAUUGUUUUCUUCGGAAGAAUAAAUGGAUUGAAUUUGGAUAGUUUUACCUUCCUUUGCUGAUCCUGGUAGUAGCGAAUUUGUACUUCUUCGCGGUAACUGCAAUUCAAAUUAUUAGAAUCAAGUGUGCAACGGAAGCAGUAUUUCGGAAUGAUUCGCCGCAACAUAGUAAUUUUGAGAAGGAUCGCCAUCGGUUUAGUCUGUAUCUACGGCUUUUCAUCGUAAUGGGCAUAACGUGGACUUUCGAAAUAGUUUCCUGGGCAGCGGAAAGCGAAAACUGGUUCUUCUACUUGGCGGACAUAUGCAACUGCUUGCUAGGUGUGAUCAUAUUUUUCCUGUUUGUUUGAAAGCAAAGAGUAAGGCAGCUGGUGGCUAGAAGAAUUGGUAACAUCCAGCCGCUUAGACAGUUUGAAUCAUCACCCAAAAAUGCAUUCAGAUAUUCGGGAACCAACAGAUUUUCAAGUGUCCAGGAAAUAAAUAUUUCACAGCAACCGGAAUUAGCUCAAACGAAUUUUUGCAGAACUUCAAGAGACGAGUAUCAUGCAUGGAAUUUGAACGGGAUUAUUGACAAGUGACGUAAAAUUUUUAUGCAGAACGACUUAUUCAAUAAACCAAAGUUUAAUCAAUCCAGUUGGAUUUUCGGGCAUAUUGCCAGCACUCACAUAACCAAACCUAACAUGCAUAAAUAGAGAAACCUUUAUGUUUUAUCUCUUGGUAUAAUUAUUAUACAUCGAUGAUAAUUACCUUCUCUAAUAAAUUCCAGAAGGGACUAGUGGUUCGAAGAUACACAGAGAAAUGAUAACUUUGAGUCGGCCAGAAGACUUUUUGCUCGCCAAAAAUGAUUGUUUAUGCAUGAUUUCUUUCCUGAUUCUAUAACUAUCGGGAAUGAGAGUCGAUGACUACUUGUACAAACUAAAUCAGGUCUCUCUUAUAGAGUA